GGGACAAUAAACAAUUUUUGGAAUUUUUGGGGUGAAUAUGAGAGAAUGUUUUGAAGAGACAAUCCUUUAAUUGAGACUAUAAAACAAGAAAUAAAAAAACAGAAUAAAAUAAAACUGAGUAAAAAUUAAAAAGAAUUAAAAACAAAAUAAAAAAAUAUUUUAUCAAAUUUUUAGAACAAAGAAAUAACAACGGCGCACACUUUUGCAAGCACUAAACAGGAGGAUUAUCCACAAUAUAGGCGUAUAGUACAUUCUAGACAUACUGAUCGUGAUGAGUUUGGACGGCCAUUAAGUGUUACAGAGCGUCUAUCGCAGUCCUCCCUCUCCGCAUCGAUAGGGCCUCUUGGCUCUGAUAUGGUUGAACAUCGCCGCGCUCUUUCAUCGCCACCUUUCUCAGUUACGGUUAGUCCAAAUUCUCCUAAUAUAGAGAAGCCUAAAAGUGUGCCACAAAUAAAUAAUCAAAGACAACAUAAUUCUAUAUCAUUGCCAAGAAGUGUUGAUCCUCUUUUAACUAUACAUGAGGUCUCCCUAGCCUAUACAAGCCCAAAAUCUACUACCCCAACUUCUGCCCCUCUACAAGAGCCAACAUUCCCCAACAACACACUCCCAGGCUUAUUAAUUGCCAAAAAUAAACAAACAGCCCCAGCAACAAUAACAACAUUUCCAACAUCUGGAAGUGUUCAUAUCCUUUUACCUCCUAAAGAAGCUAAUAAAACAAUUAAAAUAAAUGGGAAACAAACAGCUAAAACAAUGAAUACUAAAUUGCCUUAUGUUGUUAAACGGCCAGAAGGGGAUUGGGCUUAUAAUAGAAGUAAUGGACAAUUACAGGUAAAUUAAAGGCAAAUUUGUAGGGGAAGGACAAGGAAAUUAAACUUAAAAAAAUAUUUGUGGGAAAGAGUCACGUAAUAUUUAAUAAUACAUAUUUUUAAAAAAAUUGAAAUUCUGACAUCUCUCUCUUAAAUGA